CGUGUUCCGCAGAACGCUACGCGCCGCGCUCGAAGGCACUGUGGAACACGCCGCGCGUUCACCAGCUAGAAAACCGACAGCCGACGACGAGCUCGAACUCAGCCUCGCUCCGCGAACGGACUAACAGCGGUCGAACACGAGUCGAUCAGACAUGAAGUACUCGCCGCAGCAGCAGCAGCAGCAGCAGAAGCAGCGGAAGUCGGAGAGCAGCGACGCCGCGUCCGUAGACGCGACCCUCAGCCGAACAUCGGCGUCCGUCGCGCAGGAGCAGCGCAAGAGCUCGUCGACGUCGUCGUCGACGCGGCCGGCCGUCUGCCGUUCGCCGUCCACCGGCAUGUUCGCCUGGAUGCGCGUGUUCCGGCUGGCGUCGAUGCUGCACCAGGUCGGCUGCUAAGGCGGCCGCUCGCGCGGCCGCAAAGCCGUCUUGGGGGCGGGCGAGAAUGCGAGAGAAAGAGCAAGAGUCGCUAGAAUCCGUAUUAAUAUCUCUUAAAUAAUUUCAGAUUAAAUAAUUAAUAUCGUACAACACAGCGGCGACGCGCGUAGCGCACGGACGCGAUGCGGCGGCGGUGGCCCCCCUGUUUCGUCCCCCUUCGCGUCGCGUGAUUUACGUGUAUAUACGCGUAUACAUACAUAUAUAUAUAUAUAUAUAUACAUAUAUAUUUAUACACGGCCGAGUCGUUAACGUAGAGACGCGGCCGAAUAUCGUAGCCCGAUCAUAGUGCGUUACGUGAUAGCGCGGAAUCGCGCAUAGUCUCGCAGCGGAGCAUGCGAUCCGCCGCGUAGAGAUGUAAAACAGCUGGGCCGCGCCCGGGUUUUAUCGCCGCCCUGUGGCGCAAGUAGGAGCACAUUUAAAGAUAUAAAAGAUGUAUUUCUGUCACACUUAUACGGAUGAUUCGUUUAUCGUGUACUUUCUUGCCCGACAACACGCGGCGCAUUUACCUCCCGUCUGAUCUUUCAGCAACAUUUCAUAUUCGUCUAUCCGUUCAUUGCGUUACAAGGACCUCACUGAUCGUCACAUUCUAUUCCGAAUAAUCUUUCGUUCCGUAAUCCUAUGUGAAAUUCACAAUUUAUUUCAUUCAUGAUUGAUGAGUGUGUACCGACAAUCUGACAGCUCUUACAUUAAUUUAUUCCAAACAUCUCCUGCGGAUAUUGGCGCGGCCCCAAUCGCCACGCAGCCGCGCGCAAAGCAGAAAGAAAUAACACGCGUGUGUUCAGCGAGUAACAUCGUGCAUUUCUCUGUACAUAAAUAAAUCGAUUAGGAGUCACAAUGCGAGCGGGGGCUACGAGGAAUCGCGCAGCAAUUUGAACCGCGUAAUGCGAAACUUAAUUGAAGAGAUGGCUCGACAAAGCGGAGGCUGCCUCGGCAGAAAGGGUGUAACAAUGACGACAUUACUCGCGUAACACACGGCAAUUAGCCGAUCAGUCGAUCAAUCGAUUCUCACGAGCAGCCUCGAAAUCGGAGGUGCUUCCGUGUUACUUAGAGAGAAUGGUUUUCCUUCCGGACAAACACGCGUGACUCACGCGUCGAAUACACGUCUGCCAUAGUGAUAUGACUUGUAGUAAACUACGAAUGUUCGCAGUGUCGCGACGCUCUGCAAGUUGACGUUCGAUUUCGAUCUGUAAUCCCGCGAUCCCAUCUUUCAGUUUUUCUUCCCCCUCCCCCCCUUUUCCGCCCCUUCGUCCCAUUGUUCAAUCGAUGACGUCAAUACACCGUUGCGCACCGUGGGUUCUAUUUUUAUAUAGUAUGUACAAACGACGCGACGAGAGAGUGACAUGCCGUUUCUCUCUCUCUCUCUAUCUCCUCUCUUUUUUUUUCGCGAAAACGUCGUGCUUUGUCACGAGCAGGAGAAAAAUGGUGAGACCCGGUUAACAAGGUGCCCUCGGAGGCAGCAAGGAAGUCACGUAACUUCCUCUAGGGUGUCUGCGAUUACGUCCGAUUCCAUUCCCCUGUUAAUUGUCUCGUCACGUUCAACGCCGAGCUCUAUCGAUGUUAUAUCUCGUUGAUCGUUACAUGGAUAUAUUUUAUGAUUGCGCAGAUUCACUAAUAAAUUAAAUAUUUGCUUUAACU